AUGAACAUAAAUCUGUCAGGUGCUUCGUCGUCGCAAUCCCAGAAGCAGGGCAAGGGCAAGAGUGUGGGAUUUGGGUUGAACAAACGGAAAAAGAACGUGUUUGACGAGGAAGAUGAUGAUGGUGAUAGCGACAACAAUGACGACAACAAGACGGGAGGAUCCAGAAGAGACACUGUCAACCGGGAAAUUGCAGCGGAACAGGCGGCCCUUCGGAAACGUGCUAUCAAGGCCAUGUCACAGCAACAAGGUGAUGAUGUAUACGAUUAUGAUGGAGCUUAUGAAUCGUUUCAACCCAAAAAAGAGGACAAGCCAAGUGAAUCCACGGAUGAAGCCAAAAAGAGCCGGUAUGUGGAAGAUAUGCUAAAAUCAUCCAAGAGACGUGCCACGGAACGGGAUGUGGCCUAUGAAAGAAAAGUGGCCCGUGAACAGGAACAAGAAUCCAAUCAAGAAGAUUUUCAGGGCAAAGAGAAGUUUGUGACAAAAGCUUACAAACGCAAGCUAGAGGAACGCAAGCAGCUAGCAGAGGAGAAUGCAAAGCAACUGGAGCGAGAUGAAGAAGAUGACGUAACCAAGAAACGGGGUGGAGCUGCAAUGGCUAGCUUUUAUGGCAAUUUGAAUCGCAAUGUAGCCAUGGGAGGGACUACUUCAGCAUCAGCUGACGAGCCUGACACAAACAAGGAGCACGACAAAGACGAGGCCGAUCAUAGAAAGCACGACGGAGAACCUACUAGUCUACAAGCUAGUUCUGGAGGUGUACGACGGAGUGGUUUAUCUGCAACGGCGCCACGUGCUCCUCGGGAAGGCCAUGAAAAUCAGAAUCCUUUGAGGACAGGGGAUCACUCGAAUAACGAAGUCUCCUCAUCACAUCCAUAUGCACUGAAGGCAGAGAAGGAACCAGAGAAAGAACUGAGCCCAGAAGAAGUGAGAAAGCGUCGGGAAGAAAAGGUGGCUUCUGCUAGGGGCCGCUAUUUCAAAAGAAUUGGCAAAGGAGUUACCGCGUAA